AUGGAUUUCUCCAACCUCAAAGAACAGGUCAGCAACCUGACCUUGUAUGAUCUCAAGGCGGGAGUCCGCAAGGUCCAGAAUGCGGUCAUGAACUAUACCGAGAUGGAGGCCAAGGUCCGAGAAGCUACAAACAAUGAACCUUGGGGUGCUUCGAACACACUUAUGCAUGAGAUUGCCAGUGGAACCCACAGCUAUCAAUUGCUCAACGAGAUCAUGCCUAUGAUUUACAAGCGCUUCACAGACAAGACAUCGGAGGAAUGGCGACAGAUCUACAAGGCGCUCCAACUUCUAGAGUUCCUUGUCAAGAACGGAUCCGAACGAGUUGUCGACGAUGCCCGCUCUCACAUGUCCUUGAUUCGGAUGCUUCGCCAAUUUCACUACAUCGACCAGAACGGAAAAGACCAGGGUAUCAACGUGCGCAACAGGUCAUCGGAGUUGGUUAAGCUGCUCGGUGACGUCGACUUGAUCCGCUCGGAGAGGAAGAAGGCCAGGGCCAACCGCAACAAGUUUGGUGGAUUCGAGGGUGGCUCGCACAUUGGCGGUGGCAUGUCCAGCUCUAGCUCCGGCAGGUAUGGCGGCUUUGGCAGUGACAGCCUCUCGUUUGGUGGAUACAGUGGAGGUGUCUACGGUGACGGUGGUGGAUUCGGAGGCAACACAGGCGAUUUCGGGGACUCCGGGAGACGUUCCAAUCGCUUCGAGGAAUAUGACGAGUAUGAUGAGGGUGAUGCUAGUCCCCCGCGCCGGCGCGGGCCCAGUCCUCCCCGUGCUAGUGCUACUCGCCAGGCCAAACAGCCGGCCGCUCCUGCUCCUAAGGAACCCGAGCAAGACUUGUUCGACUUUGGAGAGGAGGAGACUGUCGCGACAUCUGUCAGCGCUUCCAAGAAGCCUGCCACAGGCAAUGGCCUAGAUAUCCUCGACACCCAGCCUGCUGACGACGACGACUUUGAUGAUUUCCAAUCCGCCACGCCUGCGCCUGCGCCGGCAUCGUCAGCCCAGUUUGCCAUUCCCCCGCCGGCCUCCACCGUCAGCACGACCUCCAGCACGCAGUUCGCUGCCCCCAAGCCAGUCUCGGCCACCCAGGGCUCGAACCUGAACGGCAUUGUAGGCUUCACCUCGAUGACCCCUACCCCGACCUCGAGCACGAUGGCGUCUCCCACACUCUCUCAGAGCUCCCUGGCACAGGCCCAGAAACCCGCGCAGCCCAAGCCUAGUGGCUUCCAGGCCGCCACUCCCAACUACUUCACCUCUGUUUCCACCCUCUCCAACACGACUCAGCAACCUGCUAUGGGUCACCGCCCCAACAUGCCUUCCACCUCCUCUUUCACUUCCACCACGCCCUCUACCCCCUCUGCCGCCAACAAGCCCGCUGCCCCCAAGGCAUCCGGUGACGUCUUUGGAUCUCUCUGGUCCACCGCCAGCGCCAGCGCCGGUAUUCAGAAGAACAAUACGGGCGGAAACAAGGGCCCUAACCUAGCCAGCAUGGCCAAGCAAAAGGCCAGCGCCGGCAUCUGGGGCGCUCCCGCUGCUUCAGGCAGUCCUGCAUUCAACCAGAGCAGCAGCAGCGGGGCGCCGAAGACAACGGGAAGCUCUGGCCUAGACGACCUACUUGGUUAG